UUCCUCCCCGGAAACCAGCGACGUUGCCUUCACCAGUAUUGGAGAUGAUGAGCCGUGGGGGCCAAGCCCAGGGAGGGGUGGGAGUAAGGGGGGCUGCUGCAGCUGUCAGGCCAUAAACCAGGCUGACUCCUUUGCUCAGGACAGGGUGCUUGCAGACUCAAGUCCCACAUCAGCGGUCAUGUGCGGAGAAGACAACUCCACACAUCCAGUGUUCGGAAUCCCCUCCCUGACUCAAGCCUGGGGUUUGUGGGCCCUCUUAGGGGCUGUGACACUGCUGCUUCUCAUCUCAUUGGCUGCACACUUGUCCCGAUGGGCUAGUGGCUGGAGCAGGAGACAUCGGGGACAGGGACAUUCUGGAGAGUCCGUGGAAGAUGUCCCCCUCUAUGGGAAUCUGCAUUAUCUGAAGACAGGAUGGCUGUCUCAAGAACCAAGGCCAAACCCACAGGAUACAAUACCUGGAGGCCCCACCAGGGCUGCAGAGGAGGUGAUGUGCUAUACCAGCCUGCAGCUGCGGCCUCCCCAGGGCCGGAUCCCCAGCCCUGGAACCCCCAUCAAGUACUCAGAGGUGGUGCUGGACUCUGAGCCAAAGCCCGAGGCCUCAAGCUUAGAGCCGGAGCUCUAUGCCUCAGUAUGUGCCCAGACCCGCAGAGCCCGGGCUUCCUUCCCAGACCAGGCCUAUGCCAACAGCCAACCUGCACCCAGCUGAGAUGGAGGGCCUGGCACAGUGAGGCACGCAUUGCCUCAGCCUCCUCUGUUGCAGGGGUUACUGCUGACUUGUCCUGGGCAUCACUUUCCCAACAACCUCCAGACAGGCAGCCAUUGUCCAGUCACGGGAGGUGAUAUUCCCUGAACUUUCUAUCUGAGCUGUGAGGGAGAUGUCUCAGGGGAAAGGCAGGCUCCCAGUUUCUUGAGGAUGGAGGAAGCAGAGACAGUGGUCCCCUCACCACCUCUUUUUUUCCUAUCUAAUUUCUCUCAGCCUCCAAACUCCCAGGAUUUCACUUCCCACUCCUUCCCAAGUUUAACUGGAUCCUUCCCACGACCGCUUUCUCACAGUGUACCCCUGCACCUCAGUGUCUUCUCAGACACAGGAAGUGGGAGGUGGGGGAGGGGUAAGAGCCUGGGAGGACCUGAGUGGGUACACCCAGGCAGAGCCCAGAGGCUGGAGGGGUCCUGGAACCUAGCAACUUGAGGAACUCAAGCCUGGCUUCUGAUCUGAGAACCCUGGCAGGGGAAUACCAGCCACCAUCCUGCUGCCUCUGUUGUGUCCCCAAGUUUUCAAAUAAAACUUCUCAAAAAGUGUUUAAAUUUCA